UCCUGAUGUGUCUUUUUUUCUGGUCUCAAUGCGGAAGAAAAACACGAAGCUCAGAAUUCCUGAUAAACUUUAAUCGGAACUGAGGCGAGUUUCCACGAGACCUGAAGUGUUUGACCUGUCAGGUCAAAAAACAUAACACCAUGUGGCCAAAUCAAGGUCCUCCUCCUCCAAUGGGUCCACCAAACCCUGUCUUCCCACCUGGCUACAACCCUGCAUAUCCUACUGCACCCCCAUCAGGUGCCUUCCCCCAAGCUCCACAUCCAGCGUACCCGGCUGGGCCAUACCCAGCUGGUCAAUACCCGGCUGGCAUGCACCCAGCCAUGGUACCAAAUGCACCUGGAGCGAUGCCUUAUCGACCUCCAGGGGUUUAUCCUGCAGCUCCAGGUGGAUAUCCAGUAGUCCCUCCGGCAGGUGUUCACCCUGGUCCGUAUCCACACUCCCCAAAAGGCCAUAAAGCCCACAAAGGCCACAAGGAUAAACACAAAGGUCAUUAUCCUGGAGGGUUAAAUCCCAUGGCUGGAGCAUGCGCCGGAGGAUUGGCUGGAAUAGGCAUGGGUUUGGUCGGACAUAAAGCCCACAAAAAGAUGAAGAAGAUGAAGAAGAUGAAGAAAGGACACAAGGGCUUCAAACACGGCAAGUCCUCCUCCAGCAGCAGCAGCAGCAGCAGUAGCAGCAGCAGUGACGAAGAGUGAUGCGACCAGUUCAAGACAAGGCUCUCACGGAAAUGUCACUUUACAAAAGGGCAACCUGACUAUUAAAAAUAAACACACUAAAGUCAUAUUUAACACUUAUAACAGGUUGUAAAAAUGAAAAUGCAGAGAUGUAUUAUAUCUUAAAUGGGCUAUUUAUACUAGAAAUGCAUGCAUAUACUGUUGCUGUGAGCAUUUGGCAGCAUUUGCAUUUUCGUUUCCUUUUUAUUUUGUGGUGUUUAUGUCAGAUAUUUCACUGUUACGGUUUCUGUACAACAGUGUAAAUAUGCAACAAAUACACAAGUGUACAAACAUAUUGAAAUCAUUUGAAGAGGGAGUGCCAUAAUGUUUUUAAAAGAAAAUGUAACACUGUGAUUUAGUAAAAAAGCAUAUGUAAAUUAAGUUUUUUCAUUUUUCAUUAAGAUUAACCUACGGUAGAGUAGGGCUGCAAUGAUUAUUUGACUAAUCAAUGACUAAUCAACUGUUAAAAUAAUCGGUGACUAUUUUAGUAGUCGACUAAUCAGUUUGAGUCAUUUUUCAUAGAAAAGUACUAUAAAAGUACCCCAAAAUACUCUUAUUGCAGCUUCUUACGUUCAAAUAUUGGCAGCUUUAUACACUCUCCCAUGAUGGUGAACUAAACUCUUUGGCGUGAGUACAAAACAAGACAUUAGACGACAUAAUUUUGGGGUUUGGGAGAGACAGACAGAGAUUUUUCAACAUUUUAACACAUUUUUUGAGAAAAUGAUUAGUCGACUAAUCAAAGAAAUAAUUGACAGAUGAGUCGACAAUGAAAAUAAUCUUUACUUGCAGCCCUACUAUAGAGGUGGAGAAUGAUAUUAAAUGUAUUCAUUUAAGCCUAUUGAUUUUUUUCCUUUAAUGUUGACCACUACAUGACUGCAGAAAAUGGUUAUUCUGUAUUUCUUUGUAUCUGCGCUAAUCAUAAUUAUAUGUAAUGGAUCUUCAAUUAAUCCGGCUCCAUAAAUAGAUCUAUGUAAAAACUCAAAGAUGUGUCGUCACUAUGAUGUUAAAUAAAUAAAAGCUGAGUUGCAGUACA